GUAUAUUUUCCAUAUAGACAAAACACAAGGCGACGACACAAUGGCUUCUAAUCUUUUACUCAUCGUCGUCCUCGUAUUUGUGUCUCUCUCUUUAACUUGUGGACAUUCUCCUCGUACUUUGAGAGAUGCUGCAAAGCUAAUCAACAAUUUACGAGAGCUAUCUUUCGGUCUUGAGUUCACUUAAAGGGUCCUUGCUGGUUUGCUUAUGAGACUGACUAUUGUUUGUGGAGUUGAAUAAUAUCUGCAAAUGUCAAGUCUUCUUAAUAUAUAUCACUGUAGCUCUCAUGGAUACCCAGGACUCACUAGUAGGGGAUGUAUAAACACUGUUGGAAACUGUAGAUGGGUCUGGCACAGCGGUGGAGUCAGGUUGUCGUUUCCAAGAGCCGAGUCUUCAUCCACAAGUAUAAACAUCGCAAUGGGUUGUACGUUUCAGCGUGGGAGAGCAAAAAGCUUAAGUCAGGAAAACAUAGUGGAAUUAUCUGAUGAAAAUGAUGAUCUAUGUCCUGUGGAGUGUGUCACUGAGUUCAAGACCGAUGAUGAAUUGCUUAGAGUCCUUGAAAAGUCGAAAGAAACUAAUUCUCUGGUCGUGGUUGAUUUUUAUCGCACUGCUUGUGGGAGUUGUAAAUACAUAGAGCAGGGCUUCUCAAAACUGUGCAAGCAAUCUGGUGACCAAGAAGCUCCUGUUAUCUUCCUUAAGCAUAAUGUGGUAGAUGAAUAUGAUGAACAAUCUGAAGUCGCAGAAAGGCUCCGUAUCAAGGCGGUUCCUCUCUUCCACUUCUACAAAAACGGAGUUCUCUUAGAAUCAUUUGCAACUAGAGACAAGGAGAGAAUCGACGCUGCUAUUCUCAAAUAUACAUCCUCGGAAUCUUGAAGCACAUUAGAUUAAACCGCAUUCUUUGGGUUAUCUUUCCCAAAAUCAUUGAAUAUGAUGUAACUAUAUUGAACAACAAAGCAUCCUUCUUCUUGUAAGAUGUGAUAGUGAAUAAGACAGAUGCAACAUUUUGAUCUGUUUUCUAUUUUUGUUUGCCUUUAUUGCAUCAUAACCCACAUAUUCAUGUGCAAAAUCUGCAGUGAUAGCUUUCAUACUUAGCUUACUACUUUGGUUACUUGAUAAGUAUCUUUUGGUCCCAAGAUCUUGAAACUAGAUUGCAACUUGUUGCAUAUGGUAUGAUAAUCAAAUCCUAUUUGACAA